AUGGAGAAGCAGCAGGAGAAGGUGGAAUUGGAGGAUCAGUUCAUCCUUAGGCUGCCAAAGGCGGAGGCUGAGUAUGUCCAUAAGGUGUUGCAAGCCAAGCCGAAAAAGCUGAAAAAAGUUCUGAGCUUGUCGUUCGACGAGGAUAUGGUCGAGGCCACCGUCACCGUAAGGAAGAAGCGGAUCAAGGCGGUCCUCGUCAAUUUACCGACUAUCGUGGAAUCCUGCAAGACCCUGAACAACGUGAACCUGUAUAAAACGGCGACCAUCUCGCAGAUGUUGCUCUGCGAACCUGGUGAAGAUCGCGAGAAGGUAUUGGAUUAUCCGCACGGCAUCGCUCCGCCGAUGAAGAACGUGAGGAAGGCGAGGUUCAGAAAGACCACGAGGAACCAGGAGGAUGCGAAGCAGGCGGCGGACAUACAGAAGGAACUUUGCAUGCUUCUCAGGAUGGAUUACGACGCGGUGGCCACUAGAUUCGAGAUCAUCGCUGGACCGCCUGUCGUGGAGACCCCGAAUCCGAUUACUGAAACCAUGUUAUUUGGAGCCCUAAGUCCAUCCAACUCUGACGACGUAAGUUCCCAAUCCAUCCAGUAAACGAAUCUUCAACACAUUCC